UCAAUCCAAAAUCAUUCUGAAAUCUAAUUAAACCCAAAUCAAAAGCAAUGUUUCGGUUUGGGGGAAAAUUUUGGAAAUUUUUACUUUGAAAAUGGUUUGGCGUACACCAAAGAUCGCAAGGUUGUGCGACUGGUGACGAUCUCUGCGAAGUGGCACUUUUCGAAGAGCCAACUCUGGAAGCACUUCUCGAGUUUUGGAACUGUGGAGGAUCUCCAAUGGAAAAAGAAUAAGAGAGUGGGAUCGGUUCUUUUUCAAGAGGCUUCCCAAGCGACAAGGCGAAAGUUAAAAAUCUCUGCCAAUUUCCUUGGAGAUUUUAAAUGUUUCAAAAUGCGAUAGUCUGUUGCCCAAGCAUCUUAUCAAUCUUGCGUCCCUGUCGCAUCUCCGCGAACUGCGCUGCUCUGGCAUUUCCAAGUUUGCGAAAAAGCUGUACAAACGGUUCGCACAUUACUGUCCAAUGCUCGAGGUUACCGACAUUAUGAAGAAGAUACAGCUGGGCGGUCUGUCUCGUCUCCACACCUUGGUCAUUCAGUCUUCCGAAGGGUUUGGCGACCAUAUGAAAAACUUGCUGCUUACGUCGAUCGCGGAAUCGUAUUCGCUGCGCCAUCUGGAGAUUAUAGAUUCUUUUGAACGUUUUUUCGCUAUUUCCUUCGAUCUGAGUAUUUUAUCCCCGCUUAAAGAACUACGGACCCUAAUAUUACAUAAUCUGAACUUUACACCGGUGCACCUAAUGGGACUGCAAAAAUUCACUGCCUUGGAGUUUCUGGACCUGACUGGCUCGCCCGAUCUAUCCAAUGAGGACGUUGCGAAGUUGACGAAACCGCUUGGCAGACUGCGCCGACUAACGGUUGAGCGUUGUCCUCUUAUCUCACGACAAUUAACCGAGAUCCUGAAAGGGAAUCCUAAGCUUCAAGUAGUCUUUUAGGGUCAGCUCAACAACAAUGUUUUUAUAUCUUUCCUAAGAAGUGCAGACUUUGCAUUUGUAUCAAUUUGUAUCAACUAACUUUAUAUUCGACCCGUUGAGCUUAUGGAAUAAAUUGUCCAUUUUGUAAUAUUGUUAACUCCACCGCCAAAAUAUAAUAAAUACAUACAGAUAUACUACCCAUAGCAAAAC